UGGAGGUGCUGCCCCAGGACCCGGCGGCCGAGGGGGACCCGGUGCCCCAGGGCAUCAUCAACAACUACUUCUCCGUCGGGGUGGACGCCUCCAUCGCCCACCGGUUCCACGUCAUGCGGGAAAAGCACCCGGAGAAAUUCAACAGCAGGAUGAAGAACAAGCUCUGGUACCUGGAAUUUGCCACCUCUGAGACCCUUUUCUCCACCUGCAAGAGGCUCAAGGAGCACCUGAGUGUGGAGGUCGGCGGGACCCCCCUGGAGCUGGGGGGGUCCCUGGAGGGGCUGGCAGUGCUCAACAUCCCCAGCACCCACGGGGGGUCCAACCUGUGGGGUGAGACCCGGCGGGCGAGGGGGCCCAGGGCAGCACAGCCCCCCAACGUCACCGACAGCGAGACCCUCCGGAGCUGCGUGCAGGACCUGGGUGACGGGCGGCUGGAGGUGGUGGGGCUGGAGGGGGUCCUGGAGAUGGGGCAGAUCUACACGGGGCUGAAGAGCGCGGGGACACGGCUGGCGACCUGCUCCGAGCUCACCCUCAGGACACUGAAGGCCCUGCCCAUGCAGGUCGAUGGGGAGCCCUGGAUGCAGCCGCCCUGCACAAUCAGGAUCACCCACAAGAACCAGGUGCCCAUGCUCAUGGCUGCCACGUCCCGUUCUGGCGGCGUCUUCUGCACCAAGAGGGGCUCCCUCGAGGCCUGAGGGGGCCGGGGGGGGGGCCGGGGGAGCCCCCCCGAGCUGUGCCCGGGCAGGGAACACAGGCCAACCCUGCCUAUUCCCCCCUCCCCAGCAGGAGCGAGGGGGGUCGUGCCCCUCCCC